AUGACAUCAGAUUCUUUAAUUUAUUUUGACUUGUUCAAUUCUUUAUUGUGUGAUUCAAAGGCAACAUCUAUUGCUUUUGAACAUGCAUGUACCAAGGCAAAGAAACUUGUAUCUUCAUUAAAUAAUACUGCAUCAACUUUAAAUAGUUUUUUAGAUUCUAUUCAAGAAAUUAGUGAUCAUGCAAAUAAUUUGAAAGGUGCAUCUAGAGAUAUUGGAGCUGAUUUAACACGAUUUUGUCUACGUCAAAGAUCUUUUGAAAAUCAUAUCAAAAGUUUAGCCUCAUCAUUAACGGAACAUUUUAUUGGAGAAUUAGAAAAAAAAACACAAAUUUCAAAAACAAAAUUCGGUGAUAUUGAAAGAAAAUACGGGAGAUUAUUCAAAAAAUCAAAAAAUUCACAUAAAAAAGGAUUUAAUGAUUAUAUAAAAUUAGAACAAAAAAAUGGUUGUAUUGAUGCAUUAAUGUAUCAGAGGAAUCAAUUUAUUAUGUUCGUCAAUUCAAUCAUCCCUGCAAUGAGUGUUCAGGUUGACAUGAUAGAGGAAGGACGCAAUUUUAAAGAAAUACGUGAUUCAUUAGAACGUACAUUAACAAAUUGUAAUUCUCAUGAAAUUGUUGCUGUAACUAUAGAUGAUUUAGUAAAUAAUUCUGAAAAAUCUUGGAAUAAUCGUAUAUCUGUUACUUUAAGAAAGUCACAACAAAAUUUAAGUGAUUCAAUUUCUAAUAGUCAACAUACUGUAUGUAGGCCUCCAUCACCUAGUGCUAGUAUAGCAACAUGGAAUACUGAGUCAUCAGAUAAUAGUAAAUAUCAAUCUAUUACAAAUCUUCGUGCCAUUUCAACAAAUGGAACAUUAAUACUACCACAUCAACAUACAUUACAAAGACCAACAUUAACAGCAUCAACAUUUAUUAGUAAUUCUUCAAAUACAAAUUUAGGUAAACCACCAUUACCUGGAAGACAAUCAAUGACUUCUUCUUUUUAUGGAUCUCCACCAAAUACUCAGACAUCUGGCUUUAAUUCACUUUCUAUCUCAUCAAAUGAUUUAUGUGAUAAUAGUACUUCAAUAGUACGUCCAAUUUCACUUUAUGGCGGGGAUUCAGCAUUGUCAGUUGAUGAAGGCAAUACUACAAUAAAAUGUUCUUCUUUUUUAAGUGAUACUAUAUCACAAAUAGAUCAAUUAUCAUCUGUAUUAAAUGAUUACUGUGAAACUUCAACAACAUUAACAAGACAAAUAUCACCGUUAAAUAUUAAUCAACCUAUAAAAUCAACAUCUGUACGUCUUCGUGACAAUUGGAAACCACCACCACCUGAAAGAAGAAAUUCUUCUAUAACAUCUGCUACUAAAAAUGCCCCGUCAAUUGCAGAAGUCAGAUUGACAUCAGCUUGUCAAUCACGUGCUUCUUCUAUACAAGAUUUAACUACGAUUUCAUCUAAUACUAGUGGAAUUUCACCUAAUCAAACUCCAACGGCAACUGAAUAUGUGCAACCACCAUCAUUAAUUCUUCAAGCACAUCAUUAUCAACAGGCGCCACCUUCAACUUUCUCAUUUCGUAUCUAA